AUGUCCUCCCCAUUCUGGACCAUCGGCUGCCUCUCCGGCGCCUCAGCCGUAAUGCUCGGCGCCUUCGGCGCCCACGGUCUGAAAGCCCGCAUCAACGAUCCGACUCGUCUCGCGAAUUGGGGUACAGCCGCUCAAUACCAGCUCAUUCACUCCGUCGCUCUGCUGGUAGCUGAGCAAGCUGCGCCGAAGAACGUGUGGGCCAAGAGCUUCUUCCUCGCGGGCAUCACGAUGUUUUCGGGUAGUAUUUACUGCUUGGUGCUGGAUCCGGCGCGGUUCAAGUUUCUCGGACCCGUCACGCCGUUGGGAGGAACGUGUUUGAUUGCAGGUUGGGUGGCAUUGGCUGUGGCGAGUCGGGGAAGGAUUGCGAUCGCGUGA